AUUUCCCAGCUGGCUUGAGAACUCCUCGGGAUGACCCAGAAAGAGUUAGAGGACUUAACAGAGGAUAGGAAAGUGUGAGAUGAGCUUCUUGGUCUGAAGCCUCCCAGACUCAAAUAUGUGGCAGAAAAGGAAUGAAUGCAACAAGCUGUGCAGACACACAGAACAGUUCUCAGUACCCUCUGGGGAGGCGCUCUGCAUGCUUCUGGAUUGUAGGAUCUGCCCUGUGGUGCAGAGGGAGGACGGGGAGGAGGGCACCUCAGUUUGGGAUCAAAGUUGCAUCAGUAGCAGCAGCAAACGAGCUGUCAGUCCGGCACGGUCUGCACCGUGAGUCAUAACAAGGAGCCGAGGACGAUCUGGACAGGGUUUCCUGCCAGGUGCACCUGCUACACAAAGAGCAGCACAUCAGCUUCUGCUGGACAGUUUUCCCUCUGAGGAACUGAAGACGUGGUGAAAUGACGGCUGCACCAAAGCUUCUGGAUGAGAUGUGCCAUCUAAUGGCUCAAUCUUUGAUAACACUGGACACAUCGGAGCACUUCCAGGUGCUGAAGCUCCUGGGUGAAGGCUCAUAUGGUAAAGUAAUGCUGGCUGUACACAGGAAGAGAGGUACUCCAAUGGCUUUGAAGUUCUUCCCUCGAGAGUCUACCUCUCUCCUGUCUUUCCUGAGGGAGUAUAACCUCUCCCUGUCAUUCUGUACCCACCCCUCCCUUACCAGAGCACUGGGAAUCGCCUACACCACACCAUCCCACUACAUCUUCGCUCAGCAAGCAGGCCUGUUUGGUGAUCUCUAUGACAUCAUCGAACCUGAGGUUGGGAUGGAGGAGGCCUGUUGUCAGAGGGUGGUGUCUCAGCUCUGCGGCGCUCUCUCCCACCUCCAUUCCCUUGGUUUUGUCCACAGAGACCUCAAACCAGAGAACAUUUUCCUGUGUGAUGCCGCCUGUCGUUGGGUUAAACUGGGAGACUUUGGCAUGGUGAAGGCCAGGGGCAGCAGAGUCCCAGAGGUCUGGUAUAGCUCUCCAUACUGCACCCCCGAAGCAGAGAUUGCUCGGGGGAACGAGGAUAGUUGGCCAAGUAUGAAUGAUGGGAACCAUGAUGUUAAAAAGCAAACUGAUAAAGAGAAGAAGAGGAUGAGAGUUUGGGUGUCCGUGGAGCCCACUGCAGAUAGCUGGGCGCUGGGGAUCCUGACGUAUUCAAUGCUCAUGGGUAGUCUUCCAUGGGCUGAGACAGCCAGCGAUAAUCGCUCAUACCUGAAGUACUGCGAGUGGUUUGACAGAAGCAAGAGCCCAGACGACCAGUUGGAUGUGUGGGUGGAGCUUGAGGGACAUUCUGCCCAGGACUCUUUUGAAGAACAGGGGGCAGAACUGGGAAAGAAAGAAUGCACUUCCACUGCACCCCAGUUCGCCUGUUUCACACCAAUGGCCUGCUGCCUCUUUCAGACCCUGCUGGACCCGAGGCCCAGGUUUCGUGGACGGCCUGAGGAUGCUCUUAGUUACCUCGGAGAGGACUGGAUGAUGGAGAAGGAGAGAGUGCGACUUGAGGAGCAGAGGAAGAAAAGCAGAGGGAAAGGAGCAAUCAAGAGCAUGAAAGAGAUGGAGGGAAGAGGACAGCGAUGAGUUUAUCGAAGCGGGUUGUGUGUUCAUUGCUGGUCCGCUGUAACACUACCAUGUA